CACUUGCCAAUAUCCGCAUCAUAUGAUCGAUCAUCGGUGUAACUUCGAAACACACGCAUAGAUACUUUACUCUCUAGUCUAGAUACAAACAACUAAGGAGACGAACGCAACGAAAACAAGUCGUAAUGAUGGAGCGAUUAUCGUUUUUAAACUUGUUGGCUUGUUGUGGAAUCUUGCUCACACGUGCGUCGGUGGAAAGCUUCACAAUAAACAAUUAUCAGGCAGAUCAUAACAGCCUUAGGUUCUUUGUAAUUGGUGACUGGGGAGGCUUGCCUCAGUUCCCAUACAGGACGUUCAUAGAAACAGCAGUGGCUGGGCGCCUGGCAAAGUUUGCCGAUUCCCUGCAAAUUCACUUUCUCUUGGCUCUUGGCGACAACUUUUACUAUGACGGAGUAAAGAACCUUCAUGACCCCAGGUUCAAGGAAACUUACGAGGAUGUGUUCACGGAUCCAGGCCUAAACCUGCCGUGGUACCUGAUCGCCGGAAAUCAUGAUCACAAUGGCAACGUUUCUGCACAGAUAGCCUACACCGACAAGGUUAAACGAUGGAACUUUCCCGACUUUUACUACAACCUUACGUUCGCUAUCCCGGGAAGCGAUGCGAGAGUCGAUGUCGUCAUGUUGGACACGGUGCAACUCUGCGGCAACGUUGACGACUUUGUUGACGUGCGCCAGCCUGCGGGGCCGCCGCACGUUGGCAGCGCCGAGAAGCAGUGGGCGUGGCUAGAGAAACAGCUAGCAAGCAGCAGAGCGGAGUAUUUGCUUGUUGCUGGUCACUAUCCAGUCUACAGUAUUGCCAAACACGGGCCCACUGACUGUCUGGUGAAGCGCCUUCAACCGAUGCUGUAUAAAUACAAAGUGAAUGCCUACCUAUGCGGCCAUGAUCACAACAUACAG